CAUGUAUUAUUACUAGAGAGUUUCUAUUAAAGAGAUGAAAGGUAGGAGAAGGAUUGUUUGGGCAUUAUGGUAAAUGUAAAACUGGUCGGUUAGCCAGUCCCUUCACCACCCUUCAACGUCCCUUACCACACCUCCAAAGACGCACAGAAAAGAAAUCACACCAAAACCAACCUCAACACCUUCACACAUACCAUAAAGCAAAACCAACAACACACACACAAAUCACAACUUCAAAAACACACACCGUCUCUCUGUUCUUCUCCUCUCUUCUGUCUCUUCUGAUUUUAUCCAUCUUUCUCUUUCUCUCCGCCCCUCUUGUAUUCUUCUUCUUCUGAAGCUCCACUUCACUUUCAGAAACCCAGUUUCUCAUCUGGGUUUUUGCCUGUUGAAGUGACAACAUAAAAAUUAUGACUUGGAAGAGCAGAGGAGAAUUGCCUUCUAGAAGCGUUAUUUCGCAGAGAUGGGCAUUGUUUUUGUGCUUCGGAAGCUUCUGUGCUGGAAUGCUCUUCACUACCAGGAUAUGGACAAUUCCUGAAAAUAACAAAGGACUAGCCCGACCCACGGCUGCAGAAACUGAUAAAUUGAAUGUUGUUUCAGAAGGUUGCAAUUCCAGAAUUAUGCAAGAAUUGGAAAUGAAGCGCGAUAAAGACAUUUAUGGGGAAGUUUACAAGAGUCAUAAUUCCAUUCAAACGUUGGACAAGACUAUUUCAAACUUAGAGAUGGAAUUGGCUGCUGCAAGGGCAACUCAGGAGUCUCUACGAAGUGGUGCUCCUGUUUCAGAUGAUAUAAGGAUGAGUGAAUCAUCUGGUAAGAGAAAGUACCUUAUGGUCGUUGGUAUUAAUACUGCAUUUAGCAGCAGGAAAAGAAGGGACUCGGUUCGUGCCACUUGGAUGCCACAAGGUGAGAAAAGAAAGAAGCUAGAGGAGAAGGGUAUCAUCAUCCGCUUUGUAAUUGGACACAGUGCUACAUCAGGGGGAAUUCUAGACAGAGCUAUUGAAGCUGAGGACAGAAAGCAUGGAGAUUUCUUGAGGCUGAAUCAUGUGGAAGGAUACCUUGAAUUGUCAGCAAAGACAAAAACCUAUUUUGCCACUGCUGUGAACUUGUGGGAUGCUGAUUUCUAUGUCAAAGUUGAUGAUGAUGUUCACGUAAAUAUAGCAACACUGGGGGAAACUCUGGUUAGGCACCGAUCGAAACCACGCAUAUACAUUGGAUGCAUGAAAUCUGGGCCAGUCCUAUCUCAAAAAGGAGUAAGAUACCAUGAACCUGAGUACUGGAAAUUUGGAGAGGCUGGAAACAAGUAUUUCCGACAUGCCACAGGGCAGUUGUAUGCCAUUUCAAACGAUUUGGCUACAUACAUAUCAAUUAACCAGGAUGUUCUUCACAAGUAUGCCAACGAGGAUGUCUCACUAGGAUCUUGGUUUAUUGGACUUGAUGCGGAGCAUAUAGAUGAUAGAAGACUUUGCUGUGGCACUCCUCCAGAUUGUGAGUGGAAGGCCCAAGCAGGCAACAUUUGUGUUGCAUCGUUUGAUUGGAGCUGCAGUGGAAUUUGCAGGUCUGCUGAGAGGAUUAAAGAGGUACAUAGGAGGUGUGGAGAGGGUGAGAAUGCUUUGUGGAGUGCCUCUUUCUAGGAGGUUACGUUGGAGCUCUUCCUAACUCAGGAAGAUUAUACUACUAAGGCAACAUGAAUGAAGCCUGCAACAUUUUUUUUUCUCUCUUAUUCUAUAGUUCUGUGCAGUGUAGUGAAAUGUUAUUUUACACAAGAAAGAAGUUGUGAGAGUGUGUGAGAGAGAAUAUGAUGCUUGCUCCCAUGGACCUUCUGCAUUUUAAGAGGAGAUUGACCAUGGCAGCACAGCUAGUAAGAAGAGGAUGCACCAGAUGCAUAGUCCAACAUCAUAUCCAUUCUUUGAUGCUUGAAGGGCCACUCAGUUUGUUCAUAGUUGCAUGGCUAUCAAGCUCCUAAUAAAUAGAGAUAUAAUAUAAUUGGUGGCUGUUGCUGCCUUUGUUUCUUCUGCCUCAACUUCAUUUUUCUGUUUUGGUUGAAAUGAAAUUAUUCAAUGAUAUCUACUUGUUCUACAUCUAAAUUUGCCA